AUGACCGAAUACGCAGUCUCGGCCGUCGACAACAGCAUCGCAUCGGCAUCGGGACUUGGAGGCGCCAUUGAAGGGCAAGCCGUCGAAUCACUAUAUCAUGACGGAGAAAAGCUUGUGUUCGAAAAGGAUAUAUAUCCGGCUCUUGUGCAACUCAUCAAGUGGGUGAAGGAGAGCUCGUCCAAUGCACAAACCGUCUCAACCACACUAUCGAAGCCAGCCUCCCAGAAGAAAUGUGUAUCCUCCACCGAACUGCAAUUUCUCACAUCAGUAAUCUCAUCCGGAUCGCAGAAAUCAUCCCUGCCAGUGCAGCACCUGUUGGACCUCGUCGCUUCCUUAUUAUUGCGACCUUGCUGCACUCCCACCAUCAUCCGUCAUUUCCGUGCUCUCCUCGUCGAUCUUUGCGGGCGAUGGUUAUUGGCACUCAAAGAUAAAGCAUGGGCCAGCAGGAUAUUUACUUCUACAUGCACUUGUGUCAAUGAGGACACAGCGUCCGGUGGGUCGGGCGCCAGUCCAAAGCAUGAUCUGGAUGGAAACAUCGUUCGAAGCUCCAUUGAGAGGGAUACGGACGCUCAGAACUUGGAACGGAUACUUCUUGCCUUUUCCAUCCUCCUACCGACUGCCCCGCAAGUCACGCUUUACGCGCACCUUGUCUCGAACAUACCGUCAACAAUCCGCGUGCGAUCAUUCGUUCGCAGUCUGUAUCGGCUUCUUCGAAAGGAUCCCUUGACAUUUGUCCCAUUAAUAUCAUGGACACCCAUCAUCACUAUCCUACAACACGCCGAUGCCGGGGUUCGGGUAUACUCGGCACACAUCAUGGCUGUGGUUCUGGGCAUGUCGGACGCUGAACGGAAUCAAAUGAUCAAACGCCACUCGGAGGCGUCCGAUCCGAAGGAGGAGCUUCGUCUGCUGAGGAUAAUAGAGGAUGAGGUGGAUGCAGAGCAGGAAGCUAGCAUGUUGAUGGAGGCCUCUGAGGAGACGACGGAUUGCAGGCACAACAGCAUCGUGAUCACCACGUCGGAUCUAUCGCUUGCGACAGUGGAUAUGGCUGGCAUCCUCCUUCCGUCUGAUCCCCACCGUCAGGGUCACUCGCUUGUUCCAACGCUGACGACUCGACGCAACCUGCACCGAAUUGGAUUGGCCGUUUCCCUGAAUGUGCCCACGUUGCUGGAGGGAGAAGCAGGCGUGGGAAAGACGGCUUUGGUGGAAGAGGCAGCGCGGUUACUCGGACGACAUGGGUCCCUGCUGAAGAUCCAUCUGGGCGAUCAGACAGACGCUAAGGUUCUGCUCGGCACGUACAUCUGCACGUCGACCCCUGGCUCAUUCCGCUGGCAGCCUGGAGUUUUGACCACGGCCGUACUUGAAGGGCGAUGGAUUCUGUUUGAAGAUAUUGACCAGGCACCAUUAGAAGUCAUCAGUGUCCUGAUACCGUUGCUGGAGACGAACUGCCUUUUCGUAGCGAGCAGGGGCGAGCGGGUGAUAGCGAAAGAAGGUUUCCGGGUCUUUGGGACCCGGACAACCGGCACCCACCGAUCUGCACGUACUCUUGCUGCUGGGGAGGGCCUGUGGCACAAGAUUAGUGUGAAGGCGCUGGACCAGACCGAGGUCGUGGAAGUCAUUCAAAGCAGGUUCCCCGGGCUGACUGAACUACGCCUAACCGACGAGAUCCUGACCGCGUUCGAACUCGUCAACAAGCUCUACCAAGAUAAACAACGCGUGGGUGGCCGCAAAGUGUCAUUGCGGGACCUCAUCAAAUGGUGCACGAGGGUGGAAUCCGCCACCAAGCACCGCACCGCCGAUACCCACAAAAUGGAAAUCGACGGCGAAUUCCACCUCCCCCUCUCCAUCCGCGAAGACGUCCUCCGCGAAAGCGCCGACUGCUUCAUCAACUCGAUACCCACCAAAGCCUUCCGCGACAAGGCGCUGGAACAGAUCGGCGCCGUGCUCGGCGUGGCGCCUCAUCGUGUACAGUUCUACACUGAGGUGCAUGUCCCGCAUUUGCAGGCGGGGCAGGAGACGGUUGUUGUUGGACGUGUCGCGCUACCUGUGCGCCCACGCGACCCGCUUCAGGUGUCGAAUCAACGACCCUAUGCGCCAACACCAUCCAGCGUCCGACUGCUCGAAAGUCUAUCAGCCAGCAUCAUGCAUCAAGAACCCUUGCUGCUCGUGGGAGAAACGGGAACGGGGAAAACGACGGUCGUGCAGCAUCUCGCUUACUUGACCAACACCCCGCUCACCGUCAUAAACAUGUCGCAGCAGUCGGACUCUAGCGACCUGUUGGGCGGGUUCAAACCCAUCGACGUGAAAGCACUCGCUGCGUCGGUGUUCACGGAAUUUGACCAGAUAUUCGCCGCCACGUUCUCGGCGAAAGCCAACGUAGCUUUCUUGGAGGGGAUUCGAAAAUCGUUCAAGAACGCGCGAUGGGCUGUUUUUGUGAAGGGUUGUAAGAUGGGCGUCAAGAUGGCCGAGGAUAUCUUCGCCAAGAUGCGGGGAGAUAAACUGAGCAGUAGCGAACUGCCGAAAAAGAAGAAAAAGAGCGACAAACGCGUCCUGGACGCCGAGCUGGAAUACAAAUGGCAGAAAUUUGGGAAGACGCUCGCGACAUUUGACGCGACGCAGCAGAAAAUAUCGGCGUCGUUGCUGUUCUCCUUCAUCGAGGGCGCGUUGGUGAAGGCGAUACGUGAGGGGCACUGGAUUCUCCUCGACGAAAUCAACCUGGCUACACCCGAGACGUUGGACUGUCUAACGGGUUUGUUGGCCUCCGCGACGUCCAGCCUUGUCCUACUCGAGCGGGGAGACACCGAGCCCGUGCACAGACACCCCGGUUUCCGCCUAUUCGCCUGCAUGAACCCCGCCAAUGACGCAGGCAAGAAAGAGCUCUCACCAGGCCUGCGGGGCCGAUUCACGGAGAUCUGGGUAGACGCACCCGACGCGACGUUUGGGGAUCUGGUUAGUAUUGUUAAACAAUACCUCCAGACCGUCCUCCCCCCAGCUAAGGCUGGGGAAGAUAUCUGUGUCGACGUUGCCACGUUCUACACCACCCUCCGAGGUUACGCCGCACAAGGGAUCGUAUACGACGGGGCGGACCACCGCGUACAUUACAGCAUGCGAACACUUGCAAGAGCGCUCACAUUCGCCGUCGGGACGAUCGUGAAGGGGAUCUGGGGACUCCGCCGCGGCCUAUGGGAGGGUUGCUGCAUGACUUUCGGAACGGGGCUAGGAGACGCCAGUCGGGAGAAGAUGGAGGCUGUGUUGAGGGAGACGGUUGGCAAGGGGGUCAACUUGAACCGGGGGGUGAAGAACCCGGAUGCGGAGGGGGAGGUGCAGAGGCAUAUUGGGGUUGAGGGGUACUACCUGACCCUUGGUGACGUGGCAGCAUCGGACCCGGCGGAGGAGACGUACAUCAUCACGCCGACGGUGCAACGAAACCUUUCGCAUCUUGCGAGGGCGGUUAUGUCCGGCAAAUACCCGGUGCUGAUCCAGGGGCCGACGAGUGCGGGGAAGACAAGUAUGGUUGAGUAUCUUGCGCGGUUGACGGGGCAUACGUGUGUGCGUGUGAAUAAUCAUGAGGGGACGGAGGUUGCGGAGUAUAUUGGGGGGUGGGGUGAGGCUGAGGAGGUGGAUGGGGGGAGUCGUGGGAGGCUUGUUUGGCAGGAGGGAAUCCUUGUCACCGCUCUACGAAAAGGCCACUGGCUCAUCCUCGACGAACUGAACUUAGCCCCCUCCGACGUCCUCGAAUCCCUCAACCGUCUCCUCGACGACAACCGCGAACUCUUCAUCCCCGAAACGCAAACCACCAUCCGCCCCCACCCAAACUUCAUGCUCUUUGCCACGCAGAAUCCGGCAGGCACAACCUACGGCGGCCGUAAACAGCUAUCCCGCGCUUUCCGAAACAGGUUCCUCGAGAUCCAUUUCGGCGAUAUCCCCACCGCGGAACUGCACAUCAUUCUCGAAAAACGGUGUGCGAUCGCACCAUCGUAUGCAAAGAAGGUCGUGGGCGUCUACAAAGCACUGCAAUCCACACGAGGCCGCGGACGAGUGUUUGAAGGUCGACAUGGGUUCGUCACGCUGCGUGAUUUGUUCCGAUGGGCGGGUCGCGGGAGUGUCGGGUAUGAGGAACUUGCGGAGGAAGGGUGGUGCUUGCUAGGUGAACGGAUGCGGAGCGAUGAGGAUAGGCAGAUUGUGAAGGAGGUUAUUGAGAAGGAGAUGAAGGUACAGAUUGAUCUCGACGCGCUUUAUGAGCGUGGGUUUGAGAAGGUUCGUCGAGAGGGGCUGGACAACGCGGAGGUUGCCCAGCUUGUUGAUAACAUGGUGUGGACGCCUACGACGAAACGGCUGUUUACGUUGGUGUGGAAAUGUGUUUCGCACAAUGAGCCCGUUCUGUUGGUGGGUGUGACCGGAGCGGGCAAAACGACUGUAUGCCAGAUUGUGGCAGCCAUGUGCGGGAAGGAGCUUCGGAUCGUAAAUGCGCAUCAAGGCAGCGAGGUGGCUGAUUUUGUUGGGGGGAUGAGACCUAUCCGCGGGCGCGACGAAAAGGUGGCGGAGGCAUGGGAAGCGAUCAACAGCUGUCGGGCGCUAUUGCAGAUCGACAGCGGUGAAGACAAUUUGGAGGAAGCCUUCCGCGCAUUGAAAAUCGCCUCCGAAACCACUCUGAACGAAACCGACCGUGCCGCCAUCGACCGCGCAAAAGAGAUGGUAGACCGCUGCAACACCCUCUUCAUGUGGAAAGACGGCCCCCUAACGCAAUCCAUGCGGGAAGGCGCCCAUUUCCUCCUCGACGAAAUUUCCCUAGCCGACGACUCGGUACUCGAACGCCUCAACAGCGUCCUGGAACCCUCGCAAUCUCUCCUCCUUUCCGAGAAAGGGCGUGCGGAAUCCCUAUCUGCUGUCGAAGGGUUCCGUUUCCUGGCCACGAUGAACCCUGGAGGUGAUUACGGGAAGAAGGAGCUCUCACCUGCGCUUCGCAAUCGGUUCUGUGAAGUCUGGGUGCCUGGUGUGACCAGCCGGGAUGAUUUGGAUGGACUCGUUGUCAAGAAAUUGACGAUUGGGGGCGUGGAACAGGAACGGGCGACGGUGCUUUCGACGUGGAUCAUGGAUUUCUACGAUUGGUUCUCGGCGCGGUUGAGGAAGCCACGCGAUGCGGUCGUCUCGUUGCGUGAUGUGCUUGCGUGGGUGGAGUUUAUAACCAAGUUGGCGACGAGCGGGGUUUUGACGCUGGAGCAGGCGUUUUUGCAUGGUGGGUGUAUGGUGGUCGUCGAUGGUAUCGGUGUCAACCCGGCGUAUGGCGUCGUCUCUGGGAUCGAGGAGAUGCGGAAGGAGGUUAGGGGAUGGCUGAUGCAUGCCUGUAGCGCUAUCAGCCGCGAGUCGCAAGUGGACGAGUUUGGUGAGGGCGUGGGCGUUGUUACUGACGGGGAUAGGUUCGGAGUGGCUCCUUUCAACUUACAGACGGGGCCUAUCCCGCCAAAGGAGGUGCGAUUCUCCUUCAUGGCGCCGACAACGCUGCGAAAUCUUUCGCGGGUUCUUCGGGCUUUGCAGCUCGCCAAACCUGUGUUACUAGAAGGAACCCCCGGCGUUGGCAAAACAUCGCUAGUCACGACCCUCGCUCAGCUGGCCGGUUUCAAUCUGACGCGUAUCAACCUGUCAGAGCAGACUGAUCUGACUGAUCUUUUCGGCACGGAUUUACCGGUAGAGGGUACUGGAAAUGCUGGCCGGUUCGCGUGGCGAGACGGACCCUUCUUGAACGCUAUGAAGCGAGGCGAGUGGGUCCUCCUUGACGAGCUGAAUCUGGCGUCCCAGCAGGUGUUGGAAGGCCUGAACGCGUGUCUCGAUCAUCGUGGAGAAGUCUAUGUGCCCGAGCUCGACCGAGUGUUCAAGAAAGGCGCCAACUUCCGUGUCUUCGCUGCACAGAAUCCGCAAGGACAAGGUGGAGGCCGUAAAGGACUUCCGCGCAGUUUCGUCAACCGGUUCACUACCGUGUACGUUGAAGCCCUGACUGAAGCGGACGUGGGGCAGAUCGUGUCUGGCGUUUUUGGCGCCGGGGUGGAGGUGGAGACUAUUGAGAAAUUGGUGCGGUUCAAUGAGCGCAUGAAGGAGGAGACGAUGGAGAAAAUGCGGUUUGGAAGCCGGGGCGCACCGUGGGAGUUCAAUCUUCGAGAUGUGGUUCGGUGGGUAGAUCUGGUCAAGACGGGAGGCCAACCGCGGUUGUUUUUGGAAAUGAUGUACGCACAGAGGAUGCGCACACCACAGGAUAGGGAGAAAGUUCGCGCGCUUUUCGACGAUGUUUUCGGUGACGGCCCAGAGGAGCUCCGACGACCGCAGUGGAGGGUUACGGAUAAUCUUGUAUCGAUCGGAGCCGCGUCGAUGGAGCGAAGGGCCAACCGCGCCGGGUACGGAACACAAGGUUCGGUGCCAAUCGACCGCCUUCACGUCAUUCCAUCCGCUCUACCCACGUUGGAAACGUUGUUGAAAUGUGUUGAGAUGGGCUACAUGCCGAUCCUUACCGGGCCUGCUGGCAGCGGUAAAACGGGCCUUAUCCGGCUGUUGGCGGGCAUGUGUGGGGUCACGCUCAAGGAGUUUAGUAUGAAUCCGGGUGUGGAUAGUGUUGAAUUGCUCGGUGGCUUUGAGCAAGCUGAUCUAGUGCGGCGGCGGAAGGCGACAUUUGAGGCGAUCCAUCGAGUUGCGGAAGUGGCGGUCCGCCAAUUGGUCGCUGGGGGUAAUGAGGAGGUCGUCUUGGGAAAGCAGGUUAUGAUGGAGUGGGACACACUUCGUUCGACUGAUGAGACCAGCAUCGAUGGUCUGCGAGACUUUGCAGGACGGUUGGAAGCCCUAGUCUCUCACCUGCGCAUCGACCUCAUCGAACGUUCGUUGCCGACCUUCGAAAGCAUUCGCGACCUCAUCAUUGCGUACGAAGACACCAUCCUCCACGGCACACAUGGUACCUUUGAAUGGGUGGACGGUACGCUCAUCAAGGCCAUGGAGGAAGGACACUGGAUUCUCCUCGACAACGUCAAUCUUUGCCCAUCCAGUGUACUGGAUCGUCUGAACCCCUUACUCGAGUCUGGUGGUGUCCUUAAUGUCACUGAAAGGGGACUGGACGCUUCCGGCGAAAUCCGCAUUGUUGGGCAGCGGAACGGGUUCCGUAUCUUCAUGUGCUUGGAUGACCGGUUCGGAGAAGUCAGUCGUGCGAUGAGGAAUCGUGGUGUUGAAAUAUAUGUGGACGACAUCUUGAACCACGACGAAGCGGAUCGCAGUCGACUUCUUGGCGGUGGAGCGCUUUCGACAUUGGUUGCCAGUAGUACCGAGGCUCAAGAGGAGAGUGCCGCUCUGAACAUCCGACAGCUUGGGAUGGUAGGACGUUUGGCGGCAGAACGCGCUCAAAGGGGCGAUUCCAUCAGCGAUGCAAUUCGGUCUUCCCUCGCCGAGGUACGGGACGGAGCUCAUGAGAUCGUACAUCAAGCCCUGCGUACGUCCGAUGGGUUUGCGGCGCCUAUGAUAUUCCCGCAAUUUAUAUCCGGAAACUUCGUGCUGGAAGAGUCUGAGCUAGCGCAGAUUGCGGUCGAUGGAGCGUAUCUCCAAUUCCUCAUGGCGACAAACCCGCACACGAGUGAAAGAGCUGCUUUGUUUUUGGCUGCCGCUAAGGUGUUCGUCGAGGGGACCACCACUGGAAGUCUCGAAGUGCGCAAGACUUGGGUUUCCCACGUGGCGGGCAGUGUUCAGGCACAGGAUCAAAUCGCAAAUCAUGCUUUGAAGCUCGCAGAAGCUGCUUUGAACAUGCCAAGCACGGAUUUGCAGGUUUUCCGAGAGGCGGUGGUUCCUUCGGAAGCGCUGCGACAGUUACCCGUGGAUCUCAGGCAUCUUCGUCUCCGCGUUGGAGAAAUCGUCAAGGAACGGCCUGAGUGGCGACCUUAUGUGGAUGCCCUGCGGUUACAGGACCUCGCGAGACGACUGGUCUGGAUCGACGUCACGGAUGAAAACGCGGCACAAUCACUCGGCGUCGAAAUCAGCGUCCUGGAAAAGUCGCGCCUCCACUCCUGUCUCAAGAUUGGUGAAAGCGAGUUGGAGCAUCCGGUAGUCGCCACGCUCUACCCAUUGAUGGGAGCGCUUCGAGCAGCAUUCGAACAUUGGAUGAAGCACCAAGACUAUCACGCUUACAUCACCGCCAACAUGUCGAAGGUUGAGGCGAUCCUUGAUCAGCGGGAUGUGUUGUGGACUUGCCUGCAGUCUCCUGAUGUUCCUUUCGAGGAAGUUUUCACUGCUCUGCGACGCCUGCGGAAAGCAUGCACCGCGUGCGAGCUCUGCACCGUGAAAAACGACAGUGACGAGAACGUCAUCCAGCUGAACACGAUUUUGGCACAGGCGUUGGACCUCAUUGGGGCGGAUGGCUUCGAGGGGAUGAGCCUGCUGUGGAAGAGGGGAUCCGUGUCAGUGCUGAAGGACCGAGAGCUGUUCGAUCUGGAACAGGCGUUUCGUGGCGUCAAUCAGCAGUUUCAGAUCUGGAAUGCCGCCUUCCCUCAUUUCUGGGGAGGAGUUGGCCACCCGGCCCUCUUGAUCGAUGAAGUCGUGAAGAAGAGCAUCAUGGACGGUGUUGCCACUCUGUACUACUUGAACGAAGAUGCCGGAGCGUCAGGGAAGGCUGAGUUCCUGAACAUUUUGCAACGAGUUCCGGAAACGGUCAUAGGGAGGAUCAGUUCGCUCACUUCUGAGAUCGAGGCGGACGCCGAGGCUAUCAGCGCCGAUAAGCAUAUUGAGGCCGCGUCGCUGGUGGAGAUUAGAGGAAGAGUCGCUUUAGACGUCGUCACAAAGUAUGCUAGCAGAGCGUCCAAGCUGGGACUGUGGGGUCUGCUGGAUGCCUCGUCGCUCAUCUCGGAGCUGGUGAUCUUGAAUCGAUUGGGAGAAGUCGUGGCAGGAGGUGUUACUAAGGCGGAUCUGUCGCAGCUGGUCGAACCAAUGAAACGUCACCAACAGAUGGUUUUAGCGCAAACCUCGCGGGCUCCGUUAGACAUUGAGCCAAUGCAAAGGCUCAUCUGGUUAUGCGAGUCCGGACCGCUGACUGACAACGAGCUCCGGAGUUUCGCCGUUUCCAUCCACCUCGAUGCUUCGUAUCGCUGGCAUCGUGCACUGUGGAGUAACGGCUCCUCGUUCUGGGCAGAGCAAAUGGAAGACUCUGAUGCACUACGGGCUUUGAACUGCGAUGUCCUCGACAUCAUCCGAGGCAAAACGGUUUUGCAACCAAGCGAUCAACGAUAUGGAGGGCCGGUCAUGCUUGAGGGAGGGUCUGCUAGUCGAUUCUGCCUGUACCUGUCCGGCGCCUCCCGGGAUGUUCCGCUUUAUGGAUACGCGGGGAAAGUCAACCAGCUACGGGGAGUGACCAACUACUUGGCCUCCGAUCUCUCGUCGAGCAACAAGAUCGAUGUCGCUGUGGAGGACAUGAAGAUGCUGAUGACAAACAUUACACAGUUCCUUCGUAAUCACGAGAAGGCAUUCACUUCUGACAUCCAUCAAGAAAUCAUGCGGCUCGUAAAUCUGAUGAAGGACGCUCUACUUGACGGCCAGACAACCGUGGGCACAUCUCACGCUGCAGAGCUGUCUAGCCUUCUGGAAAUGUCCACUUCCCAAGUGGCUCGUUCUCGAUUGGUUCAUUACAUGCGCCCGUGCUUGGCGGCCAUCAGCUCGUGCUCCCCGACGCAGCCGGACGAGAAGUUCCUGCGCGACAUCCCUGUCGAUCCUGCUUCUGGGCCAGCGGUGAAAUUGAAGUUCAUGGAGCAAAAUGCCGCUACUCUGCGGGCUGAGCUACAUGUCCGCUCGGAAGUUGAUCGACUUUUGACAGGGAACCGAGAGAACGAACUCACUCAAGAGCUGCGUUCCCGACUGAAGAAAGUGACGUCGCGCCGUCAGGGGUGGGCGGCUCGUGUAGCUCUGCGCCCAGAGAGACCGCAGAUGAAGGAAAUCAUUACCGAUUUGAGACAGCUGGGAUCACACAUUCUCGCCGACCAGUCGGUUUCCGGUUUGAUGGAGGACCUGUCGCAAAACACUCUCGCCCAGGGUGCACUCGCGAAAGAAAGCCAUUUGCAGGACACGCUUGCGGCGCUUGUCGACAGGUUGGAGACCAAGUACCCGCUAUACCGCGACAUCUUGCAGCCCAUUUACCUGGGGGUGUAUCAGCUGAAGUACGGACUUCGCCUGAUGGUGCAAUCUCUUCGACAGAGGUUGAGAGCGGAGAGAGUAUCGACGGAGGAGCUUGUUAAAUCUACCAUCAGGUUCAUCGAUGUUUGCAGUCUGGAUAAUCUCGAAAACCAAUUGCGCGAUUACAAAUCCUUGAUGCCGGUCGAAGACGCUCAUCAACAAUACCAGCAUAACGUUGAGAUCGUGACUGCCUUUUUGGCCCGAGCAGAAGCGUCGCUUCACCUUCGCUCGGUCGUGUCUCUCCCGACGUUACAAGCUACGCAUGUGUUAUUUGCGAACCUGGUGGACACCUGGUCGGCAGUUGAGCAACGCAAAGUGGACAAAGCGAAAACGGACGCUGAGCUUUACAAGUAUAAGGAGCAAAAGCAUGACCUCCUGACGGAAGACGAGCUGGAAGAGGUAGAAUUCCGUGAGCGGUUCCCUGAUUUCUAUGCCGAGUACGACACAGGCAACGCGACCGCAGCAGCGAACGAAAAAGAAACCACCGACGUUCCUGAAAAUGUUUUUGAGUUUGACACGAAGAUCGCGCAGGACAUUCGUCUCCACCACCGAAACAUUGUCGCUUCGUGGAACGGACAGAAGAACGAUGCGGUCCGCAUUGAAAAGAUCUGGCACGAUACUUUCAUGAAGUCUUACCAGAGUGGAGCACGACUGGUGCGCGCUCUCCGCAUGCUUCCUCCAAGGGACGUAGACGUCGUCGGCCAUGGAGGACUUUUUUACGCCUCCGCUACCGUCUUGAGAGAUUUCGUAUCCGCGAGCAGUGACACUGAGCAAGAAGCAGACGGUGCUGCUGGCCAAUACGAUUUCUAUCGAGACGAAAACAUUCCCGAGGCGCGAAGGAUUCUCGAUCUUUUGUCGGCUCUCGAUGGCCGAGUUGGCGAGCUACUCUCACAAUGGCCGGAACAUGCGGUCUUGGGACAAAUCUCGGCACUGUGCGAAAGGAUUGUGUCUUUCUCUGUGGCAGCUCCUGUGAUGAAGCUGUUAACCGGACUAGAGAUUUUGCUUCAGAAAUGUCAAGAUUGGGAGGCUUACGCUAGCCGGGAUGUGUCUUUGAAGGUUCAUAUGGACGCGAUCGUUUUACUGAUCGUACAGUGGCGCAAGUUGGAGCUCAAGAGCUGGCGGGAACUUCUGGAAGUCGAAGACAGGAAGAGUCAACAGGAUGCGAGUGGUCUCUGGUUCCAUCUGUGGAAAACGGUGUUCGGUCUUGCUAUGGAUCCUGCGGUUGAGUCUCAGGUCAACGGCGAAACCACCGAGGAUCUUCCUGUUCAGGAUCUUCUGGCCACUUUGGAUCACUUUUGCUUGGGAUCAGCACUGGGUCAAUUCGAAACUCGUUUAGAUAUGAUCCACGUCUUCCAUCAGCAUCUGCUAGCUGUCGCGCCAACCGUAACUGAUAGCGCACAACGACGUAUUCGAGUGGUCGCCAAUGUUCUGCAUAACGUCUUCCGAUACUAUUCGUUGUUCGUGGCCCAAGUGAAAUCGACGAUUGAGCAACAGAGGAAACCAAUCUGGAAGGAGCUGAAUGGAUAUGUGCAGAUCGCAACGUGGAAGGACGUCAACGUGUAUGCUCUCCAAGAGAGCGCGAAACGGACCCAUUACCACCUGAACAAAUUCAUUAAACGGUACCGCGUUAUUCUCAAUCUGCCGGUAAGACAAGCCGUGACUGCCUUCCACGACAUUCUUCAAAUAUCCAAUGAGGAUGCGCAAGAUCGACUUGCGUCGCUCAUCUCGCGGACGGCAAAAGCCGCUGAAAACAUCACUGCCAUGACACCGGUCAGCGGCUUGACUGCAACAGACAUAGCUCGACCACCAGCGCGCACUUCGGAAACCACUUCCAAGAUCGAACAUUUUGUGAAGAGGAUGAAAAAACAUUGCUCGGCUAUGGUUGCCGAGCACGCCGGUCAGACCGGGAGCGAAGGGGUGGAUGAGUUGGCCACGACUAUUCUUGAACGCAUCAAAGCUUUCCAAGCCAUCAAUGCCGACCUCAAAGGAGGGUCCAAAAUGGCGAAGAGUCAGCAAUCCGUUCGGAAGAUGGCCCUCGUUGACCUCCUGAAAUACCUCGCUUUCCUCGGACUCUCUCCGCGCUGCACUCAAAAGUAUCUCGAGCAGCGAGAGUCGUCUUUCAUCUGCACACUGCAUGAAAUCAAGAUGAACCGGAAACUUCUGCUUUCGGGAAGGGACGCACAGAUUUGGUUGGGCAAGGAUCUUGCCGAUGUUUGGGAGAAGGCUGACCAUUACUUCUACCGGGUGGUCGCGAAAAUGUCGAAGGUGCGCGAGUUGGAAAUCACUGCCUCCGCCGACCUGUCUCGAUCGGAAGUGGAAAAGGCCGUUAGUUACCUGGAGCAUCUGUUGCACCAGAGCAUCGAGGAGCGACGUGUCUUCGCCGCGUCAGCGGAUAGCCUCCGCAAUCUCAAAGCGAUCGGCGCACAAAUGGAUGUCUUGUUUUCGAGGACCAGGACGGGAAGAGAUGGACCCGCCUCGAGCCGUGUCGUCGUCGAUCUCCUCUCCGGUGAAAAGGACUUGAUUGAUGAAGCGCUGUUAGUCGUGACUCAAGCUUGCAUGUUGUACACGACACACAUGAAGGCUGGCAAUCAACCGAUAGUAUCCAACCCCUUGGAGAAAAGCCGACAAGUCCUGACCACAUUGAAGGAGGUUGUCGACACUACUUUCACGCGACACGUCGUGAAUGGCGUUCCAACCAUGGCGGUGCAAGACAUGGUUCAUGCCGCAACGGAACGAAUCGGUACCGUUGGCGAAUUGGUGGUUAGCAUUGAGCACUUCUCCUCAACGGCAGGGGUUCAAGCAUAUGUUCCCAAGCAAGCGGCUGAGCUUUUAAGGAGCAAGCUCGCAGCACAGACGUCGCGGACGAACGAGAUCGUCAAAUCCGUACCUGAGCAAUGUGAUGAACAGAGUGCUUUGUCGCGUGAUUUCAUGGAAAGCGUUGAUGCCCUCGUCAAGACGAUUCUGGUGGCUUUCCAGGGCCUGCAGAAAACGGCAACCGCGAAUGCGAAUGGGACACCUAUGGAGAUUGUUGACGAAGAAGCAGAGGACUUCGGUCUGCGCAAGCGCCAUUUCAUGGAUGCACAUAAGCAACUGUGUGUUCACGCUGCGUCUCGACCCAUGGCCGCGAUAUUCGAAGCGGUCUGCCAUGUCACACGAGUUUUGGAUGCGAACGUGCGUUUGGCAGACGACUUGAGUCGGGAACACCUGGAGACGCUGAUCUCGGUGUACCCCUUACUUUCUCAGUAUCUGCUCGCGUUCGAAUACCGCUUGUUUGAGGGCAUUCUGCAUCACAAGUCCACUCUGAAACUCGCGUACAUCUUGUGCAAUACAUUCGGAUCGUUGUUCAAAGAUGGAUUCUGUGUACCGAAGGAUCAGAAGGACGACGGCAACGAGGAUGAGGGCGAUGAAGGCGAAAACGUGGCGGGAACUGGCAUCGGGGAAGGAGAGGGAAAGAAGGAUGUCAGUGACGAAAUCGAGAAUGAGGGGCAAGUUGAAGAGAUGAAGAACAACAAUGCCGCUCCUGAACCGGACAAGAAGAUCGAGGACGAGGAUGACGGCAUCGAGAUGGACGCCGAUUUCGAAGGCAAGCUCGAGGACCUCGAUAUGAAUGAUCAGGAAGACGACGACGAUGCCGAAGACAACGAUCAGGGUGAAGAAGCUGAUGAACAGAUGGGCGAUAUAGAUGACAACGCUGAGGUGCUUGAUGAAAAGAUGUGGGGUGAGGAUGAUAAGGACGAAGCUGGAGAUGGCAAAGAUGAGAAGAUGGAAAAGGAUGCUCCGGCGAAGGAUUCUGCAGGAGAAAUAGAGAUGGCGGCGAAAGAGGAUGCAGGGGAAGAUGAGCAGAAUAAAGAGAAGGAGAAAAACCAGCCCGAGAAAGAUAAGCAGGGAGAUGCGAAUACCGCUCCGGAAGAAAAAGACGAUGGCGAAGACGAUGAUCAGAUUAACGAGGAUCAUGAGGACAAGUACGAAGAGAAUCACGGGGUUGACAUGAAGCCGGCCGAUCAGCCGGAGGAACAACCACCGAAAGAAGAGGGGGCUGAAGAGGAAGACGCUGAUCUCCCCGAUCAGAUGGAAAUUGAUGAUGCAGAUGAGAACGACGAAAACACGCAAGACCAGACAGAGACGCAGAAAGGUGGUGGUGACGAUGAAACGAAGGCCGACAUGGAAACAACUUCCCAUGAGGAAAUUGGUCCUGAAGACCCGGAUUCCGACCUCAUGGAAGACGAGCUCCAGCUCCCAGAUGAAGCCAACGAGGAGGAAGGAGGCAACCCGGAGCCCGAGUCCCUGGCUGAACCUGAAGACGAAACCGAAGAGAUGGUUGCGGAAGACCUCGAGAAGCAAAACAUCCCAGAAUCAGCAAACGGAGUCGAGGAGCCCCCAGCGCAACAAGAUGAACAAACGGAGCAAGGGCCUGAGCAGGACCAGUCUCAAGCCGUUGAUGAUGCGGUGGAGCAGAGCACGCAGCCGUUUGGGGUACAAGGCGCAUCGGGCGAGAAAUCCUCGGCAAAUAUGCAAAACGAAACUAUGGAUGAAGAGCUGGCGGAGCAAGGAGCGGAUGCCAAUGCGGAUUCCAGUGCCCGAGGCACCGAUAGAAAAGAUCGUCAGGCCAAGUCAACACCUACGGAACAGCGAAAUUCGGAGAACCGCGAUCCCAACCCUCGCAGGAGUGUCGGUGACGCCUUGAAGAAGUGGCUCUCGCGCCUCAAAAACAUUUCCGACUCCCCCUCGGACGAGCCUGACAAUGACUCCAAGCAAAAGCAAGACGAGGCCAUCGGUGACGAAGCAAUGGAUUUCGAGUUUGUGAAGGAAGAUGAGGAAUCGGCUGAUGCACAAGCAAUGGGCGAUGCCACUGCCCAGCAGAUGGCUGAGAUGGACACGAAGGCGCUGGCUGACGAUAAGGAGGAAGCGGAGUACGAUGCUGAUGAUCCCGAUGAAGUGAUACCGGAAACGGAUCCCGACACCGAAGAGCCCAUCGAGAAGAGCCAACCGGACCGACCAUCGGGAACCAGAAACGAAAAGCCAUCGGGCGCCAUCGAUCUGGGCAAGAACCAAUCUGAUGAGAAGGAUGAUGAGGAACCCUCAUCCAGCAAAAAGGAGGUGGACGGCGAGCAAGCCAUGGACACUGACGACACGGAUGCAUUACCUGUGACAGACGACACCCGGCAAUCAGGCAAAGAAGAACCACCGUCAGAAGAAGACAGAUUGGACGAUGAGGAGAUCCUGCCGUCUCUGGACACGAAGGCGUACGAAGAGCUCAGACAUGAACUCGAGCGGACGGUUGCGGAGUGGCGGGAAAGCGGGCAGGACCCGGUGGAAGCCCAGGAGCUGUGGCGGAACUACAUCACGUUGACCAGGGAUCUAUCCUACGCGUUAUGUGAGCAAUUACGGCUGAUCUUGGAACCAACUCUUGCUACCAAACUCAUGGGAGACUAUCGCACCGGAAAACGCCUCAAUAUGCGCAAGAUCAUUCCGUAUAUCGCGUCCCAGUUCAAGAAGGACAAGAUCUGGAUGCGUCGAACGAAACCGUCCAAGCGCACGUACCAGAUCAUGAUAGCAAUCGAUGACUCGCGGUCCAUGGCGGAAUCGCGUUCCGUGCAGUUGGCCUACGAGUCGCUGGCUGUCAUCACCAAGGCUCUCACGCAACUGGAGGCCGGCGAUGUCUCCGUCCUGAGUUUUGGAGAAGAUAUCAACUUGUUGCAUCCUUUCGACCAGCCGUUCUCGGACGAAGCGGGAGGUGAUGUCCUUCGACGAUUCACAUUCGGGCAAGACCGUACGAAUGUGCAAAGUAUGAUGGAGACCGCUAUGGGGGUUUUGGAUCACGCCCGGUCGAUGGCGUCUGGGAACGGUGCGGAUCUCUGGCAGCUGCAACUCGUAUUGUCUGACGGGCUCUGCGAAGAUCACGAACUCGUACGAGCGCUGGUGCGCCAAGCAGCAGAACAACGCAUCAUGGUCGUCUUCAUCGUCCUCGACAACCGUCCUGAGAAGGAUUCCAUCGUCAAGAUGACCAACGUCACGUACGGCACCGACCGUGCCACCGGUCGACCCACUCUGCAGAUGAACCGGUAUAUGGAUACAUUCCCGUUCGAUUACUACGUCGUGGUCAAAGAUGUGGAGCAUCUCCCUGAAGUUUUGGCAGAUACCCUGAGGCAGUACUUUAUGUUCGUCUCGUAG